GGAUGGUAUCGCUUCAUGAUUUUUGAUAAGCGUGCUGAGAUGCCAACGAAGUGUGUUGAGAUGAAUCACUGUGGGACUCAAGCGCCUGUCUGGUUGUCUCUGAAGGAGUCAGAAUCCAUGCCCCGGCCUGGUGAGAUCAAACAGUUAACAGCUUGUGCUACAUGGCAGUUUUUCUUCAGCACUUCAAAAGACUGCUGUCUUUUUCGAAUCCCUGUCAGUGUGAGGAAUUGCGGAGAUUUCUUUGUUUACUUACUGCAGCCCACCCAAGGAUGCAUGGGGUAUUGUGCAGAAGUUGUUUCAGAUGCAAAGCCACAGACCUGUGAUCCCGAGGGAAUGGAAAUUCAAGGUGUCUGUAGCAGUAACCUGGCUCCUUCAUUGUCUCCAUCUGUGUCACCACCACUACCAGCCAUUCCUGAAGUUGUAGCAGAGUUGAUCAAAGGCAGCAUUUACCUAAGAUGUACCUUUGGCCUUCCUUUUGCAAACAGCUCAGUCGGCUUCAUUGUAACUUGGUCCAGACUUUCUCCUGAUGGUAUGAAAGAAGAACUGAAACAUGAAAGAACAGUUCAUGGGUUCUCACUUCUAGAACUAGAUGGGAUAAACAUCAGACUUGGAGACAGAGUCUACUGUAGCAGUUCUACUUUUUUCAUGGAGAAGCCAGAUAGACAAAGCUCUUCUGUUGAGAGCAAGGAAUUUUUUGCUGGCAUUAAGAUAUAUCCAGAAACACAUGAAAUAUCAGAAGACGGGAAAGAAUACAGGCUGGCAAUAGAAAGCAGUAUUCCUAUUCCUUGUCCUGAGUUUAGCCAGCUUGAAAAUGACUGCAAAAUCUCACUAACAUUAAAUGCUGUUGAUGAAGGUAAAAACCAGUUAGGCUUAAACUUGGCUCUUUCUUCUUGUCAUGUGGAUCUUCUUCAGAAACACUGCAAUAAUGGAAUCUGUAGUCAAGCUGUAAUUUAUUUCACUGCUGUGACAGACUUUAUGCAGGAUGGAGACAGAAUUACUAGAAUUGCAGUCGAACCUAUAUCCAGUGAGAAUUUCCUGUGGAAUGGUUAUGUUCCAGAAAGCACACAGAUUAGAGUAAAGGAUGUACCCACUGCCUAUUGCUACUCAUUUACUGACCCUCACAUAAUUACGUUUGAUGGAAGACUCUAUGACAAUUUUCAAACAGGAACUUUUGUUCUCUAUAAGAGUACAUCUCGAGAUUUUGAGGUCCAUGUUCGCCAGUGGGACUGUGGAAGUCUCCACUACCCAGCAUCCUGUAACUGUGGCUUUGUUGCCAAAGAAAGAAGUGAUAUAAUUGCAUUUGACAUGUGCAAUGGUCAGCUACGUGAAUCACAGCCACGGUUGGCUGUAAUAAAUAGAGAUACAUCAGGAAGUAAUGUCAGAAUCACCGAAUCCUACCUAGGAAGAAAAGUAACAAUUUUGUUUUCUUCUGGAGCUUUUGUUCGUGCCGAUGUGAGUGAAUGGGGAAUGAGCAUAACACUUAGGGCACCCAGUUCAGAUUACAGACAUACAAGAGGACUCUGUGGCACCUUUGACGGAAGUGCAGAGAAUGACUAUCACACUGCAAGCGGGGCAGAAAUCCCAAGCCAUGCUAAUGUUCCUUUUUCUUUUAUUAAGGAAUGGAGAAUUUCCCCAGGAGAUAGCUUGUUUGACAAGACACCUGCUUCUUUAACAACUUACAGAAAAACGGUCUUCUGUGACUGUGCACUUGAAGAUGCUGGAUUGUACCAAUCAGUAAAUAAACUAGAAUCAGUUUCUCAGCCUAAACUUCCUCUGUCUUGUGAAGAAAGUGAAAAUGGUAGAUUUCUUUCUUUGAUACCAGGACUGGAUGUCACCGCUGAGUAUCUUGGUCCUGUUGAUCUUGUCAGAGGAUUAAAGAAACGUUCGUCUGCACGUGAAAUUGAUUCAUCUACACUUCUGCAGAGGGAGGAUAAUCCAACCAAACUUCACAAAACAUCAUUACUAAACACAGGUGUGUCUGCAACCUCAGAGGGCAAUACUCAUGUAGAAAGAGAAGAAGAUUCAAGCUCAGGCAUUAAAAGAAAUUCUCACCAUUACAGCAGUUUUCUUCACAAAAGUCAAUCUGUUCCAAGUAGGGGGAAGCGCCAAAAUUAUUAUGAUUACCACCCCAUAGUUCUGUUUCAAAGUCUUAGCCAAACAGACUUAAAGGGAUAUAGUUAUUUUUUCCCAGAGGACCAUGCCACUGACACAGACCAAAAGUUUCUUCCUUCUUGGCCCACACCUUCUGGCCUCACGGAGUCUAGUGCUUUGUUACUAUGCCAGCAAGCGAUAGCAAAUUCCAGUAUAGGAAGUACUUGUGGCAGCCUUCUUGGCCGGCGAGUAGAAGAUGCGAUCAAUAUGUGUGUUAAAGAUUUGUUGUUGAAGGAUGACCUCAGUUGGACAGAAGCUUCCUUAGCUCUUCUAGAGAAUGAAUGUGAGAAAAGAGUUUUAGAAGAAAUCAGUUACAACCAACAGGAACUUGAAGGAUUGGUUGAGAGCCUACUUGUUGCAUUGAAGUGUCCCAAUCUCUGCGGUGGUAAUGGGGAAUGUACAGAAUGGGGCUGUGCAUGUUUUCAAGGCUACAGCUCCUAUGACUGCAGCGUGCUAUCUGACCAGGCUCCAGAAAUUACAGAGCUGGAGAAUACUGGCCUGUGUGAUAUUCGACAGUAUGACUGCACAUCAGUGAGAGCUUUUGGACAUGGCUUCAGGGAUUCACUGGAUCUGAAAUGUGAAUUCAUCAAAUUACAGUAUAGGGAUAGACAAUGGAUUCCCGGCCAUCCUCUAACUAUGCCAGCUGCUUUCCAAAAUGCCAGGGCUGUUGACUGCCAGUUACCAAACGAUGGCCAGCAGUCUAAUGUCAUGGAUCUGGUUGAUGAUAAACCCAUUGCCAGAUGGCAAAUAAAGAUUUCUAAUGAUGGAUUCAUUUAUAGCAACUCUAAAACCAUGGUAUUAUAUGAUGGAGCCUGUCAGACAUGCGAAGCACAAGAAUCUGGGUUAUGUAAGUUAAAGGAGAAAACAUGCAACAUAGAUGGACUCUGUUAUGGUGACGGUGACACAAAUCCAACCAGCCCUUGCUUACUCUGCAGACCUGAUGUAUCAAAGUUAACUUGGUCAGUUGUUGAAAACAACCAGCCUCCAGUGCUUGAAACUUCUCUGGUUAUGCUACAAACUUUUUACGGUGAAGAUUUUGUAUAUCAGUUUUUGGCUUCAGAUCCAGAAGGCUCUGCUAUUCAUUUCACAUUGGAUUCUGGUCCAGAAGGUGCCAGUCUUUCCCCAUCAGGUCUCCUUUUGUGGAAAGCUGUGUCAAUGAAUCUCCACAAAUUAACAUUUUCUUUGAUAGAUGACUGCAAUGCAAAGACUAAGGUAGAAAUAGAGGUCAGUGUAAAAUCUUGUGAUUGCCUAAAUAAUGGCACAUGUGUGACAAACAUUAACUUCCCACCUGGAAGUGGAAGAUAUCUUUGUGUGUGUAUGGCCGGAUUUGAAGGUGAUCUCUGCCAAGAGAACACUGAUGACUGCAGACUUAGCCAAUGUGGUGUUGGCAAGUGUGUGGAUGGAAUAAACAGCUAUCACUGUGAAUGUCCACCUGAACUUCAAGGUAAAAAUUGUCAAGAUGAUGUAGAUGAAUGUGUAUCCAGACCUUGCUUCCCUGGGGUAUUUUGCUUCAAUACUUUUGGUUCUUACUAUUGUGGUCCAUGUCCAGAUAAUCUGCAAGGAGAUGGAAAGUUGUGUUAUGAAAGCUUUGAAGACACUAAUAUUGAAAGAAAGGAUUCCACAGGAAAAGCUGGAGGGAGUAAAGAUUUUCAACAGUCAUCCCCUGAGAAGUUUCCAAGCCUCUCAAGCUAUAUUCCCAGUUCUACAGAUGUCCCUAAAAUAUUUAUUUCUUCAGAAAUGGUCAGUAGAGACACUCUACCAGCCUCCACAGUCAAAACAAUCACCGCUUGGAAGUCACUUACUUCACAGAGAAAGGCUUCUGUAGAACCUGCUGUUCCUGGAAGCGUUGCUCAUGCUCUCAGCACCAUCAGUGACCACCUCGCUAACAUGGAAGAGUGUUCUUCAGUACAUGCUGUGAUGACUGCAUCUUCUAGGAGCCAUUCUGUAUCACUUGAGAAGAAAUCAGGGACACAAGCUGAGGCCUACAGCUAUUUUGAGACCACCAGGAAGACUUCUUCUAGCAGCAGAAUAAAUAUAAGCAAAGGGCUUUCUUUGCCAAGCAAAGUUUUCAAAGGCGGAAGUGCUCACAGGGUGCAACACACCAAGCAUAAAGCAAGUUCUUUACCUUUUGUUAUUGCUGAAGUCACUGUUCCACCAAAAACACUUCCUGAAGAAUUGAGUGAAGUAGCAAUUCCUAAAGCAGUGACCUGUACUGAUUUACCCUGCUUUCCUGGUGUUCCUUGUGAGCCAAGUCAGGAUGGAAGCAUCAAGUGUGGUCGUUGUCCUUAUGGCUAUUAUGGAGAUGGCUUCACUUGCAGAGCAAGAUGUAGACAAACAUGUGGCAAAAAUAUGGAGUGUGUGGCACCCAAUAUUUGCAAAUGCAAGCCUGGUUAUGUUGGUUACAGCUGUCAGGCCGGUAAGUGUGACAUUUCAAUCUAGCCCAUGCUAACUCAUGUCCACAAAUUAAUGAUUUGAAGAACACUCUUGAUUUUUUGCACAGCUGUAUGCAGACCUGAUUGCAAAAACCACGGGAAGUGCAUUAAGCCCAAUGUCUGUGAAUGUUUACCAGGAUACAGUGGCUUUGCUUGUGAGGAAGCACAUUGUAAACCACCCUGUCAAAAUGGAGGCACUUGCUUGGCCAGGAAUCUCUGCACCUGCCCAUACGGCUUUGUGGGACCAAGAUGUGAUACAAUGGUUUGCAACAGACACUGUGAAAAUGGUGGUCAAUGUCUUACUCCAGAUAUCUGCCAGUGUAAACCUGGGUGGUACGGACCUACCUGCAGUACAGCGAUGUGUGACCCUGUGUGUCUCAAUGGUGGUUCCUGUACUAAGCCAGAUGUUUGUCUCUGCCCACAUGGAUUCUUUGGUGCCCAGUGUCAAAAUGCUAUCUGCAGCCCUCCUUGCAAGAAUGGUGGUCAUUGUAUGAGAAAUAAUAUCUGCUCUUGUCCUGAUGGGUACACAGGCAGAAGAUGUGAAAAAAGUGUCUGUGAGCAAAGGUGCAUGAAUGGAGGAAGGUGUGUAGGGCCAAAUAUUUGCUCUUGUCCUUCAGGAUGGAGGGGAAAGAGAUGUAACACACCUAUCUGUCUUCAGGACUGUAAGAAUGGUGGGGAGUGCAUUGGACCGAGUACAUGUCAUUGUCCUCCGCAGUGGGAAGGAAUCCAGUGUCAAAGACCUGUGUGCAACCAGAAGUGUCUGUUUGGAGGCAAAUGUGUAUUGCCUAAUAUAUGCUCUUGUCGUCCUGGUUAUACUGGAGUCUUCUGUGGGAAGAAAAUUCAAGUCCAAAGGCAUCAUGGCUGA